CUAUCUCUCUCUCUCUCUUUCUCUCUCUCAAUAUCUCUCUCUCUAUUUCGUAUUCGAUCUUUCUCGAAACGGAUUUUGUAUCCGGAAAUAAUGAUAUCAGAGCGGCCCAUUCGCGUGAUCAAGCAGAAUUUUCGCUUUUGUUAGUUUUGUACUCUCCACUGACGACCACAUGCAGCGACCCUGAUUUCUUUUUGCUUGCGUUGUUUGACACUUUUUCUCGCACUGAAUAUCGUCCCUGAUCCUUUUUAGCACCCCUUUGUAAUUGUUUUCCAACUUUUCUAACAUCCCGAGUACACCGUACUGCUGCAGUGCAACCGCAGUCGUGAUUUGUUGUCUUUCUGUCGUUUCUGCGCGCUUUCCAUCCUUUUCCUGUAGUGAGUGUAGUCCCGCGAUGGCCCACGCCGAGCAGCCCGCGGCCCCCGCAGUGGAGGAGACAUGGUCCGUCGAGGAUAUCUUAGAUGAUGAAGCUGCCGCGAACGGGACCCACGAGUUCCUGAUCAAGUGGCUCGGUUGUCCGCCAGAGCAGAACAGCUGGGAGCCCCUGGAUAACCUCCUGGCGGGGGAGUGGAACCUCCGGGAUGCCAUUAUUGACUAUCUGGAGGCCAAGUACAAGGGCGGCAUGGUGCUGCUGGAUGAGCUGCCGGAGAAGGGAACCAAGGGAAAAAUCAAGUAUUACAUUGUGACGAAGGAGAAACAGCGGGAGAUGCAGCGGAAUGGAAUGCUGGAUGUUUAUGGCAAAGGGACAGACGCCGGGCGCCGUGACACUGGAUGAUUUUCCCGCGUUCCACCGGAAAGUGGACGCCGUUAUGCGCCAAAACCAGCAAGGAGCAGCGGGAUCCUCCAAAACCAACGCGUAGAUCGAUACUCACCACUUGUGAAGAAAAUUUCCGCAUUUUACAAUUUUAUUAAUUUGAAGCUUUCGUUGAAAACUGGUUUCUCAUUUCUCUAAUUCGGAAUUGAAUAUUUUUUGCAUUAUAUUUCAGCUUGUGCGUUCGCACAGUUUAUAGUUUACUAAACUUGUACAGUUGUGUAACCGAAUACGGCUUUAACCUGUGAUGAAAUGCGUUUACAGCAUCUUGACUUUAAAUUCUGAGGAUUUGCAUACAGUUGCACACGAAUAAGCUUUGAAAUGGUGAAUGUGUAACCGUGAUAAAUAGAAUUUUUUUCGCUUACUGACGGGCCUAAUACUCUUAGCGGUUUCUAUGUUUUCUACGUUGGAUGCGACGGUGAAUAGAAAUGAACUUUGAUUGUGGAUAGAAAUAAACCUGGGUUACGUUCAA